AUGUCCUCAGGUUACUUUGAACUAUUCGAGAAGCUUCUGGAGCUGUUUGUUCAGGGUGGUCCGGCGUACAGCUACCUCAAUCCGUCAAUUGCAGAUAAACAUGGCAACACGUUGUUAGAUGUGAUAGGAAAGUACGGAACCAGCUGCCAUACAGAACGGGCUGUCGAUCUCCUGAGGCGCUGGACGCAAACCAGGGGUGACGAUCAACCAACGAUGUCGCCUGUGCAAGGGGACAGAUUAACCAUGGUUUCAAGAGCAACAACUUUGCGAAAAGGCAUUAAAACAGCUCAAAGCAAGGUCGUAAAAGCAAGGCAGUCAGCUGCAGACAAACCAAACGCCAGUUCAUCGUCAAAAACUGUUAUUAUAGACUUUAUUAACAGAGAAAGUGAAGAUUGGACAAAAGAGGAUGAACCACUAGCAUUAGAGAAGAAAAGAUCAUAUUUGGAUUACAAGGCAAAUUCAGGGAAUAGCAUUGUUUCGCUUCCUGCCCACAAAAUUGAAAAAGGCAAUGCAGAAAUGGUCGACAACGAAACGAAUAAACCACUAAACUUGGAGACAGAUUUUGAACUUGACACCAGAGUAUUUGAUCACUUGGCAUGGGAAGUGGAAUGCACGGCUGACGUUUGGAGAACUUUUCAAGACAGAAAAUGGCCCUAUGGGUUGAAAAAGAAAGCUAUUGAUGCAAUUCAGCGCUUGCGUGAAGGUGAAUGGACUGACUCCUUAUCUAAACGCGUCCACUCUCCCAUCGGAUCCGGCGAGUGGAAAAGUCCCAUAGAAAGGGACAAACGUGCCUCCGCUUGCGGAAAACUUGUGAGCGUACCAACGUCGCGACCGUCUAAGAGAGACAAUACUAGUUAUCGUCUUCCGCAAAGUUUCACGGAAGCGACAGAGGAAGAAUGCGCAGAAGUGGUCCUUUCACCUGCAGCCAAUCCGGACGACAACGAGUACAAUGUACUGAAAUUCUACGACUUCUCAUCAGAUGUUGUCCGUCGAAUCCUACAGCAAACGAAUGAAAACAUUGACUUUCCGUUUAAAGUAACAGCUGUUGAACAAAAUAUUAUCAGUGUCCGUCCGGAAUCAGCCCUUCUCUUGGCAGGACGCAGCGGGACAGGGAAAACAACAUGUUGUUUGUACCGUCUUUGGCAUAGCUACAAAGCAUACUGGAGCCAGGCACUUUGCGAAGAACCCCUUAUCCCGCGGGGGAAUCCAGCGGAAGCUUCAGGUUGCGGCUCUUCUUUGAAGCCAGCGGUUAACUACAGAGUCGACAUGAAGAAUAGUGCUUCUAGCAGCGGACUCGCCAAACAAGCGUCACAUCAUGAAACUCUAGGCCAUCUUCAGCAGCUCUUUGUCACAAAGAAUGGAAUAUUGCUCUCAGAAGUCCACAAGAAGUUCAAUGAACUGAGGAACGGUUGUGAUCUAAACAGUCUUUAUAGCAGACCAGACAGUCUUCUGUCGAAUAAACUGCAGGAUAUACCCAGUCACAAGUACCCACUCUUCGUAACGUCACGCAAACUCCUUUUGAUGUUAGAUGCCUCUUUGCCUGGGGAGACCUUCUUUGAGAGAUCAGAGAAUGGUACCUCAGCGGCAGACGACAUGUGUAUGUCCGGUGCUGAGAGCUCAUCACCAUGUCUUUUGGAAGCCCGUCCUUCUGGUAACGCAACGUCUUUGGGCAAAAUCAGUAAGCGACUGGUCACUUACGACGUGUUUGUAGUAGAACUUUGGCCGAAGAUCAGGGCAAAGUCAAAAUUCCAACCAUCUUUGGUAUGGACAGAAAUCUUCACGUUUAUCAAAGGAUCAUUCCAGUCCCUUCUCAGCCAGAAAGGUUAUUUAACAUCAGCACAAUACCAAGAAGUAGGCAGAAAAUGUGCCCCAAACUUUACAGGUAAUCGAGGUGAGAUUUACAAAAUAUUUAGAGAUUACGAGACAGAAAGGAAGCGAAACGGAUUGUUCGACGAGUGCGAUCUCAUACUUAACCUUCACAGGAGGCUAGAUAAGAAUGUGCUUGGUUGGAAAGUCGAUGAGAUGUACGUUGAUGAAACGCAGGAUUUCACUCAAGCAGAACUGAGCCUUCUUAUUAGGCUUUGUGAGAAUCCUAACAAUAUGUUUCUGUCAGGUGACACAGCCCAGGCCAUCAUGCAAGGGAUAUCCUUCCGCUUCGCUGACCUCAAAUCACUUUUCUACCACACCCACGACGCCUUCCCUUCAAAUCGCGUGACAAUUCCGAAACAAGUGUUCCAGUUGACAGACAACUAUCGCUCCCACCAAGGAAUCCUUUCUCUCGCUAGCAGCAUUGUUGAUCUCAUGGUCGACUUCUUCCCUGAAUCAGUUGAUCUUUUGGACAGAGACCAAGGUGUGUUUCCUGGUCCUUCACCGAUUCUUCUGGAAUUUUGCAGCUCCAAAGAUCUGGCGGUUUUACUAAAGGAUAGCCAGCGAUUGACAUCAGCCAUAGAGUUUGGAGCACACCAAGCAAUCGUGGUUCUCAAUGAAGCAGCACGUUCGAGCAUUCCAGAAGAGCUGCGGGCUGGCUUGGUUCUGACCAUUGAAGAGUCCAAGGGUCUGGAAUUUGACGACAUUCUCCUCUACAACUUUUUCAAAGAUUCUGACGCUAACGAUGAAUGGAGAAUUGUCACAUCGUAUCUGCACCGAUUGGCGACUGCUAGAGACGAACCCCAGGCCGCUGGGCCCAGUACACCUGCACCGGUAGAGAUCGAUCAAGAAGCAAUACAGACGUCAGCUUGCCGACCACUGGCAUUUAACCCUAUGAAGCACAGGGUUCUGUGCUCGGAGUUCAAGCGGCUGUACACAGCGAUAACCCGGGCUCGUGUCAAUCUGUGGAUUUACGAUGAAGACGAGAAAAGUCGUGCAUCGGUUUUCGAUUACUUCAAAGCGAGAUGCUUGGUGCGAACGAUUACUUCAGCCGAAGAUUCUGAACGCGAAACAUUCGCACAAAUGUCCAGUUCGGCCGACUGGACCUGGAGAGGCGACAAGUUCAUGGAGCGCCAUUCAUAUGACAUGGCCAUCAAAUGUUACCAGAAAGCUGGGGAUCGAGCUCGAGAACACGUGGCUAUGGCACACGCAGCGUCCCGCCGGGCCCGUGGACUACAGGCCAACCCUUCCAAGAUGAGAGAAGAAUUCCUCACGGCUGCAAAGUUGUACUUGGUGAACUGCGGAAUGGUUGUUGAGGCGGCGAAGUGUCUUGUGAAUGCCCACGAGACAUUGUUAGCGGCACGUCUGUACGGGAAAGUUGGGCGGAUGGAAAAGGCUGGUGAACUGUACAAACUCUGUGAUCACCAUUAUUAUGAGAGCUGGCAGUUUGAAUCACAAGGGCUAUACAAUAUGGCCGUCCAGACUCUGUGUGAUAUCAACAGCUUUGACAUAGCCAUUGAUGUCGUGGAAAGAUACGACAGCAAGGUCAAGGAGUACGCCUCCAAGGGACAUCGCAUACCUCAGAUAAUACUAGAGAACAAACCAGCGUAUUCACGAGAGGAGCUGACUCAGAAAGCAGGAAGGAUCAAUCUAAAAGACAAGAAUUGCCAAAGCGCUUGUGCAAAACAGGACGUGAACCGCCUCCUGGAGCAGGGUUUGAUCCCAGAAGCUGUAAAGUCGCUAAUAGAGUCUGGUGACUACCAUUACGCUGCCAGAGUUUUAAUGGCGAACGGCGAGUUUGAUGAAGCCGUGGAUAUUAGCAGACUGGCGGGAGACAGUGACUUAGUCAGACAUUGCCGUUGGGCUUCUUGUAAGAACAAAAUCUUUCAGUUCGAGUUAACAAACACACCAGUGAUGGAUGAUGGUACCGUGGCUGAAACAUUGAGUCUAUUGCUGGCUUACUUAAACAAUGUCAAGGAUUUUACUGAGGCGUGUGAAGCCCAGCUUCUACUUGGACAGAUCAGUCAAGAUGUGGAUGUAAUUGAGAAUGCUCGGCGAAUGUUUGGAAGCCUGGGUUCAGAGUCUAACGAGGCAGGUCAGGUGGAGUGUUCAAAGGCAAAGCUCAAAUUAUCCAGCCUGAGGCACAACGGUAAAGCUUGCUACAGAUUUGCCAGCCAAGACUUGGCCUGUCUUCUCAAGGCUUUACGAGUCAGUCAUAACCCCGAUGGUGACGCCGAGGAGGAAAAGGUGAAGAUGUAUCUGAGGUACUACGGGUUGGAGGAUGACGAAGAUGGAAUGGUGAUGUAUCAUCCGAAACAUUCACCAAAGUGCCAGAUCUUUCUGGACAGACACAGUCAAAAAUUUACUGUGAGGAUUUCUAUCUACAGAGCCGCGGAGCGGUUUCAGCGGUAUCUCUUGAAUCUGGCGUACGACUGGGUAACCGUCAUCAGAUCCACGGUACAAAGUGUUCAAAGUUUCAGCAGCCAGUGUCCAGCGUUUACCGAAGGGAGGUUGUGCAACCGGGUGCAUUCAUGCAAACAUCUCCACGAACCGUACACAAAGGAAACUUUUCUGGAGUGUUUCUACUCUCUCCUCACUUUAGUACACAUAAAUGUCAUCGUCAGGAAAGCUUAUCAUUACAUGAAGGAUGACGACAUCAAAGAGGAGUUAGGACAACUUCUCUCAUUGGAGAAUAGUACGUCUUUCUCCAACCUCAUCUGCUUCGUGCUCAAGUCUGGGAUGCACUGGGAAUUAUUUUCUAGAGAUACACAUCUUGUGGACAUUGUCUUCAACAACCUUUGUCAAGCGGAUUUGCGCGAGGGUUUGUCACUGUGGCAAUCUUGGUUUGUGGAAGACGGCAUCCGACUCACAUCCGGACUCACUUCUCGACUCACAGAACAAUCUCUGUUUGGAUUGGUCACGUUGUCUAAGACGAAUCUGUCCAUGGGAAGUGUAGCAUUUCCGUCAUUUCCUACGACAGCAACAAAACAGGAAAACAAAGAAACACUGAUGAAUAAUUUCAACAUAUUCUGUGAGGCAGUGCGUAAAUUUUAUCACCCUGGGUCGGAUACGUUGGAGAGUCUUGCAGCAUAUGAAAAGUUUUUAACGUCAUUGGAUGACCCCACCGACAUCCAGCACACAGAACAGCUACUAUUCUUCAUGGAAUUCAACUUGAUGGUUAUUUUUCAUCUAGGAGCUAAACAUGCGAAGUUGGCCUUCAUAGUUCCAUCCCGUUACAUAUCUGUUGUGAGAUUUGUUGACAAAUGGUUUGCGAAAAAGAAGUCUCUUCGAUAUAUAGUAGCAUUUUCCAAGGUAGGGGACAUCAAUAUCGCUCUCAGCAGUACCGUUCAUAGCCUAACGAACAUCCUUUUGGGGAAAAGGCAAGGAGGCGGUAAGAAGUCCCCUGGUUUACUUCGGCAAACGUUUAUGGCAUCAGACAUUGACGCAUGCGCCGCGGAACGAUGCUGGGUCAUGUCAUUGACUCUUCUUAGCAACAUGUCGUUGCUGAAACCAAAGACCUGUGAAGAGGAUCUCCUAUCUGCUGUACACGAGGUCUGCACCCGGCUCCCUCAGAUAAAAUGGAAGCACCGUUUGGUCUCUGCUCUUGAGAGAACAUUUCGUUGCUGUGGACAGCGAGAUAUUGUCGAAGAACUGGCGAUGAUCCUUAAGGGACAAAACGAGGAAGAGCUUUUGGUUUGUCGAUGGCAGGAUGGUAGCAGAUCGAUAAAAGAAGGCUUGCACAUGGAAGCCAUUGCGGAAGUCCACCUAACUGCGAUGCCUGAAAAGUUUGACACAGACGAAUGGUUGGGAAGAGUUGACAUGGUAUUACAAAUGGAUCGAAAAGCCGUGAAGAGCUGCGUCAGUAGAGAGUUCAUGAAUCAGCAGUGCGUCUGUAGUGGCUUCACGAAUCAGCAGUGCGUCAGUAGAGAGUUCAUGAAUCGGCAGUGCGUCAGUAGCGAGUUCAUGAAUCGGCAGUGCGUCAGUAGAGAGUUCAUGAAUCAGCAGUGCGUCAGUAGAGAGUUCAUGAAUCAGCAGUGCGUCAGUAGAGAGUUCAUGAAUCAGCAGUGCGUCAGUAGUGGCUUCACGAAUCAGCAGUGCGUCAGUAGAGAGUUGAUGAAUCAGCAGUGCGUCAGUAGUGGCUUCACGAAUCAGCAGUGCGUCAGUAGAGAGUUCAUGAAUCAGCAGUGCACACAACUGACCACAGAUGACGAAGGCGGAUACCAAAAGAGGUCCAACAAGAUAUACCGGAUAUCAACAGGGGCCAACAUGACAUAUCAGAGUUUUGCUAAAACUGAUAUUUAA